CAGUCGAGAACUUCAUCUACUUCACUCUGUAUUAGCGGCCAUCUUCUCCCUGCAUGAGAAGAAGAGUGGCGCAACAGACAUGGCAGAUUAUUCCAACGUGGCUCCACCGUCCUCAAACAAUGGAGGAGGAAUGAACGACGCUUUUAAGGAUGCACUACAGCGGGCAAGACAAAUUGCUGCUAAAAUAGGGGGCGAUGGCGUUGCCCCUCCUCCUUCAGCAAACGACUUUGGGUAUGGGGGACAGAAACGGCCCUUGGAGGACGCUGAUCAACCAGAGGCAAAAAAAGUUGCCCCUAAUGACCCUUUCACAGCAGUCAUGGGGGGGAUGGGUGGCGGUCCCCCAAGGUCUGCAUCGGAGGAGUUCAAAGUUCCCGAUGGCAUGGUUGGAUUCAUCAUCGGAAGAGGAGGAGAGCAGAUAUCCCGGCUGCAGCAGGAGUCGGGAUGUAAAAUACAAAUCGCCCCAGACAGUGGAGGGAUGCCAGACAGGUCGGUGACACUAACAGGAGCUCCAGAAUCUAUCCUGGCUGCAAAGAGGUUAUUAACAGAGAUCGUUGAGAAGGGCAGGCCCACACCAUUCCACCAUAACGAUGGCCCAGGCAUGACUGUGCAGGAGAUUCUCGUUCCGGCCUCUAAAGCUGGUCUUGUUAUCGGCAAGGGCGGAGAAACCAUUAAACAGUUACAGGAACGUGCUGGUGUGAAGAUGGUCAUGAUUCAGGAUGGACCACAAAACACAGGAGCAGACAAACCCCUCCGGAUUUCAGGAGAGCCCUUUAAAGUUCAACAAGCCAAAGAGAUGGUCAUGGAAUUGAUUAGGGAUCAAGGUUUCCGGGAGCAACGGGGUGAAUAUGGCUCAAGGAUGGGAGGAGGAGGAGGAGGAGGAGGUGGUGGAGGAGGAGGCGGCGGUGGCAAUGGAGGUGGUGGUGGUGACAGUUUGGAUGUUCCAGUGCCACGGUUUGCAGUUGGAAUUGUGAUUGGACGGAAUGGUGAAAUGAUCAAGAAGAUCCAAAAUGACACUGGAGUUCGAAUUCAGUUCAAACCAGACGACGGCACUACACCCGAGAGGAUAGCUCAGAUCAUGGGGCCCCCUGACCGAGCACAGCAUGCGGCCGAGAUCAUCUCUGACCUGUUGAGGAGCGUACAGGCCGGGGGGCCCCCAGGACCCGGUGGAAGGGGCAGAGGUCGUGGUCAGGGCAACUGGAACAUGGGUCCCCCAGGAGGCCUGCAAGAGUUCACCUUCACCGUCCCCACCAUGAAGACCGGCCUCAUCAUCGGCAAAGGGGGAGAGACCAUUAAGGGUAUCAGCCAGCAGUCAGGGGCCAGAAUAGAACUGCAGCGGAACCCUCCUCCCAAUGCCGACCCCAGCAUCAAGGUUUUCACCGUCCGAGGAACGCACCAACAGAUCGACUAUGCUCGGCAACUGGUGGAGGAAAAGAUUGGAGGUCCAGUCAGUCCAAUGGGUGGCCCUCAUGGACCCCCAGGCCCCCAUGGAGGACCUGCCCCGCAUGGCCCUCCAGGGCCCCCUGGACCCCCUGCACCGAUGGGGCCCUACAACCCCGGCCCAUACAAUCAGGGCCCCCCAGGACCACAUGGUCCACCUGGCCCAUACCCACCCCAGGGCUGGGGCAAUGGCUACCCCCACUGGCAACAGGGACAGCCAGAUCCCAAUAAAGCAGCAGCGGAUGCCAACGCAGCGGCGUGGGCGGCUUAUUACGCCCAGUACCAACAGCAGCCUCAGGCCCCCAUGACGCCCACUAGCGCCGCACCGGGCACAGCACAGACCAACGGCCAGGGUGACCCGCAGGCUCCAGGUCAGAGUGGACAGGCAGAUUACACCAAGGCCUGGGAGGAAUAUUACAAGAAAUUGGGUCAACAAGGUCAGCCUACACAGGACUACACAAAGGCGUGGGAGGAGUACUACAAAAAACAAGGUCAAGCUGCCCCUCAGGCGGCAGCAGCCACGCCGGCGCCGGCCCAGCCCGGAGGUCAGCCGGACUACAGCGCAGCCUGGGCUGAGUAUUACCGCCAGCAAGCUGCGUACUACGGCCAGGCGGGAGCCCAGGGCAUGGGAGCAGCACCACAGGCGCCUCAGGGCCAGUAAUGUGAAGUGGACAUAAACUAAAUGCUACCUUGUCGAAACAAAUCCUUUGUUAAAUGUUUGGAUGCAGACGUCUUGAUGAUGAUGAUGAUGAUGAAGAUCUUAAAUUUCCUUGGUUUAAAAGUGUUUCAAAAUAGAUUGCAACAUGGCUCCGGAGUCAAGUAUUUUUCUUUAUUCUUUUUUUGUUUAGCUGUUCUUGUAAAUGAACGGUUUGUUUUAGUAAGGGUAAUUUUAGCAUAUGGUCAUUCCAGCUCCUGUAUCUCCAUCUAAUGUGGUUAGAGCUCAUGUUUAUACGAACUGUAGUCAUUUCCAUGUAAAUCAUCUCAGUUUAAAAUAUGAAAUGCUUGUUGUGUUUUGCAAUAAAACAAAAUGAAACCUCCUGUGUUGGUAAGUGGGGUGGCAGAAAGGGGGUGGAAACCAUCUUGUAAGCAGUUUUUAAAAAUGUGCGGGGGGGGGAAUCACGUAAGGCAUGACAUGCAGACUGAAAUGUGUUUAAUUUCUUUCUGUCUAUUUUUCUGACAAAACAUGCUCUGCCAUUUUCUUGUCUCUCCAACUGUCUGUGCGGUUCCUGUUUUUUAAAAAUUGUAACCCCUAGUUUUAUUUUUUGAUGUGUGAAUGCAAUGCUGAGAUCAAUUGUGUCGCAUAUCCUUUAUCAGUGACGUUAGUGGUGUCUCCUUGCGUAUUUUAAACUGGCCAUUGCUGAGGUUCUAGGAGCAGACAGAUACUGGUCGGUCAGUGGUAGGUGUGUCACUCUUUAAGACCUGAAGCAGCUCUUGUUGUAUUGUGCCUGGUGACUCAAGCUAGUUAUGCACUGUAUGUAAUGAGAGAAACUUUCUCCCUCACAGGCAAGAUUAGGAAGGUGGUAAGCAAGAGGUAUUUUAACAAAAUGUUCUUUUGGAAUUUUGUCACUGCAAAGUAUUGCAAGCAUUUUAGUUGAAUUUUUGUUGCUUUCUUACAGGACAGAUACAAUGUUCUCAUUUGAAAGCGAUUACAUGCAAAAGCACUUGUUUUUGUUUUUUUUAUUCCCUCCCCCUCAGUUUUCAUGCAUCACGUUUUUGUAAUUAUCUGCUGGCCUUAUCUUGAAACCAUUUUGAUACAAAUUAAAACGAAAAAGCUGAAUUUGCAAAAGUCAAAUUUUUGUUUUACCAGUUGUCUGUUGGCAUCCAUCCAGUAUGUAGAUUUGUAGGUGAUUAGGGCGGUGGAGGUGCCGAAGUGCCUCCCCACUGACAUGAUCCCUCCACCGUAAGUACAAUACAAUGUGAUUUAAAAGCCAUCACUUGUCUUUGAUAUCUUGCUGAGAAUUAAUAGUGUGCUAGACAAUGUCUCAUUUACAUUUAAAAACAAGCAUUUGGUAAGUAUUAGAGCCCCAAAUCCUCAGUUAUGUUUUGAAGUUGCUCAUGUUGUUUCUGACCUUUGAAAUGGCCUCUUUUUGACAAAUUGGACUGAUUUGCGUUUGUUAUGAACUACUGAAUUUAUGCAAUGAUAUUUCCAUUCAGCAAUAUUUUCAUUCAGAAACAUGGCAAUGUAGCUGUUUUUGUGAUGCAUACAGUAUAUGAAGUUUUUAGUGCUUCUGACAUAUCUGCGUGUAUUUUUGCUGAAUUGAUUAGUUUGGCAUUCAACACUUUCUUUCCUCUGUAGGAAAGCCCGAAUAGAAUAAGAACUCAAGUCACCAUUGAAGUUUGAGUGAGUCAAAUAAGAACGUAGUCUUUUUUUCCCCAAUGUUAAUACAUGAACCUGAAGAUGUUUAACGUGAACAAACUAAUAUUUAAGGCUUGUCACCAUUUAAAGUUUGUCACCUCUUGCAAUAUCAGGAUGCUGGCACUGAACAUGGUUGUUUUUGAAAAUGCGUUUUUUUGUAGCUUUCAAAUAUAAUGUAGCACAUUGAUGCUAAACGCUAUGUCUUGUAGUAGCAAUUCAGCAUGCUAUUGUCUUAGGCAUAGAACUGAAGUGCUUCAGAAUAGUGUUCUACCUUUUCCAAACUUGCCCAUGAUUUGUCAGACAUGCCUUUUUUGCUAUGAACACUUGUCAUUCUGAUGGCUGUUGAAUUGACGCCAAUGAUGUGACUGAUUUGUUCAUUGAUGGCAAACAGUGCAAUAUCUAAUUCUUGCAGUGUCCACCCAGACCUUGCACCUUAGGUUCUGCUGCAAUAAUACAGGUAAGCGUAACCUAAGGAAAGAAGUGUUUGACCUGUGCUAUAGACAUUUACUGCUGUCUGACCUGCCCACACAUUGUGCCUAGCUUAAAAGUUUUCCUUUGCUUAGAGUUGACUACAACAACAGUAAGUUUAUCAGUCAAAAUGUUGCUUUCAACCUCAAUUCUAGCCUGGAAAUUGUUGGUCCUCAUGCACUGUUCUGUAUUCUCAAUCUGAAUGAUUUGCAUGGCAUUUACUUUAGUAGCAACGUAAAUGCUACAUACCAUUUAUAAAGUGUCGAUAUGUCUUACAUAUUCGCAACCGUCCAGGAUUUAAACAUGUCCUCAUUCCAAAGUCUUGAUUUAGUAAAUUUAGUCUAAACAAAUGUUAUUUUACGGAAUAAUUUAGUUGUAUUCUGUUUGGGUGGGGGAUUGGGGAGCCUGUGACCAGGAUGCUUAGGAUGCCCUCUUGUUUUAACAUGAAUAUACAUUAAGCUGCAUGCAGUGGCAAAGACCUCGGCGUGAGUUAGUGAUACUAAUGUCCUCACUUGCGAAUUGUGUUAAGUGUGAUGAAUAUCAAUGCUGCUGUUGCCAUUGGUUUGAAACCUGUGAAUUGAUGCCCUGCUGCAGUGCUAAUAUUUUGUCAAAAAUUGCUGCCUCCAUUCUCACUCACAGUGUGGAAGAUGCUGCAGGCAAUAGGUCGUAGAAUCAGAUCCUGAGCUAGUUUGUCCCUAAGGAGGAAUCCUUUGAGUCUGUCCCUCUGCCGAACGUAGACCAUUCAAGGGCUCCAGUUAUAAGGUAACCAAUAUAAUGAGGAAACCUGUGACUGCUUAAGUUGUCUUCUUGAUGCUGAGUCUAGGGACAUGUCUGAUUACAAUUCUGCUGAAUUCCUAAGAUAUUGCCAUUCUUAACAUGCCAUUGAUCUGUAGUGGUGUUGAAGUAUGCUUUUCUCAUUGCAUUUGCUUAUUGCUUUACGUAGGGAUUUGAAAGAAUUUGUGUGAAUGCUUUAAAAUAGUUUAAGACGAGGAACUGUUCUUUGUAGUCCCGUGUCAGUUGUCAAGACUUUAGGCAGUGAAUUGGAGAAGAGCAAUCACAACCUUUUUUCCCCUUAUUUCGAAAUUUCUCCUCAGCUUGCAAUGAAUUCCCAUUUUUGCAUAAACCUUUUUUGUACAUAUGUAUACCAGUGAGAGGGUUUUCACAGCAGACUAUGUGGGGGUGUAGACAAGUAGACGGAACCUGAACAUUUUCCAGAAGUUUAGAGCAUGCCUUGGGGGUAAACUCGCAGAUGGUUUUGUGUGCUGUUUUUGAUUGUUUAUUUUUUUGAGUUGGUUUUGUUAGACUUUUUUUGACUUCUCUAUUGUUGCCAUGUCCAUGAAAUAAAGAUGUGAUCUCAA